CCCUCCAUCACCAUGCCUUACAGCUGCUCCCUGCCCAGCCUGAGCUGCAGCUCCAGUUGCUUCUCCCGGCCCUGCGUGCCCCGCAGCUGCCACGGCUCCACCCUGCCCGGGUCCUGCAACAUCCCCGUCAACGUGGGCAACAGCGGCUGCCUCUGUGAGGGCUCCUUCAACGGCAACGAGAAGGAGACCAUGCAGUUCCUGAACAGCCGGCUGGCCAACUACCAGGAGAAGGUGCGCCAGCUGGAGCGGGACAACGCAGAGCUGGAGAGCCGCAUCUGGGAGCAGAGCCAGUAACAAGAUCCCCUUGUGUGCCCCGACUACCAGUCCCGCUUCCGGACCAUCGAGGAUCUCCAGCAGAAGGUGAGGGGGUGGCGGUCUGACAACGCCAGGCUGGUGGUGCAGACUGACAACGCCAAGCUGGCCUCAGAUGACUUUAGGACCAAGUAUGAGACAGAGGUGUCCUUGAGGCAGCUGGUGGAGGCAGAUCUGAAGAGUCUGAGCAGGAUCCUGGAUGAGCUGACCCUGUGCAAGUCUGACCUGGAGGCCCAGGUGGAGUCCCUGAAGGAGGAGCUGAUCUGCCUCAAGUAGAACCAUGAGCAGGAAGCCAACUCCCUGCGGAGACAGCUUGGAGACCGCCUCAACGUAGAAAUGGACGCUGCCCCCGGAGUGGACCUCACGAGCCUCCUUAACGACAUGCGGGGGCAGUAUGAAGCCGUAGCCCAGCAGAAUCGGGAGGAUGCGGAAGCCUGGUUCAUUGAAAAGAGCGCCGAGCUCAGGAAGGAGAUCAGCAGCAACACCGAGGAGCUUCAGUCCAGCAAGAGCGUGGUCACCGACCUGCGGCGCGUGCUUCAAACCCUGGAGAUCGAGCUCCAGUCCCAGCUCGCCACGAAGAAAUCCCUGGACGACUCGCUGGCCGAAACCGAGGGCGACUACUACAGCCAGCUGUCCCAGGUGCGGCAGCUCAUCGGCAACGUGGAGGAGCAGCUGCUGCAAGUGCGCGGUGACGCCGAGCGCCAGAGCGCCGACUACCAGCUGUUGCUGAACAUCAAGGCCCAUCUGGAGCUGGAGAUCGAGACCUACCGCCGCCUGCUGGACGGAGAAGCCCAAAGUGACUGUUUGGAUGAAAGUUCCUCUGUGACAGCCUCCAACUCUCAAGCACCGUCAACUGAUUCCUCCAAAGACCCUACCAGAGCCCGAAAAAUCAAGACAAUUGUGCAGGAAGUGGUGAAUGGUGAGGUGGUCUCCUCCCAAGUUCAGGAAAUUGAAGAAAUAAUAUAAAAUUUCACAAGAUCUGCCCCAUGAUUGUUUCCUUAGGAACAAGAAAUUUACAAGUAGAAAUUAUUCCUUUUAGAGCAAGAUGAUACUGCUCUAGAUGAUACUGGUCACAAAAGCAUUCAAUCUCGAUUUCUGUUUGUUUGAUUUUCUUUGGAUUCCCUAUUCACUUUGAGCCUUUUUUGGCCUUCUGAAACAAAAUUUAAUUACAAAUAGUUGUGGAAAUAUUGGUCUUUAUAACAAAUCAAAAUUGCCUUACCUCUUCCUGGACCUAGAGUAGUCUUUUAAUAAACUUUCUUCUAGUGACCUGGAACAUAUUUUUAAUCACCGGACUUUGAUCA